AUGGUCUUACUGAAAAUAAAAAAGUUUUUGCUUCUCAUAUCAUUGGUGAAUACAAUCGAGGCUUAUAGCAAUGAUACAACGUACCCGUCCUUAUAUAGCAGGAGAACGGAUAUUGCGCCUUCGUAUUCAACAAGUGCGAUAUACAAUACCGUAUCUAACAGCGAUGACAGUGCAUUAAGAUCAAGCCCUGAAACAACCGCAUUGGCUGGCCAAUAUAGUGACAGCGGAAGGGUAUCAAUAAAUGAAAGAAAAAGCACUGAUGCGUCCAACGAACAUACCACUACUACAGCCACAGCAAGAAAUUCUGAUUCUAUGCUAACAAUGGGAAAGCUCACAGAAAUGGUGACACCUAGUAGUAGUAUGGUUCCCUCGUCUGUACAAUUCUAUAAUGAAAGAUCAUCUGCUUUACAAACUUCUAAUGACAAUUCGAAGUCAGGAUCAAGGUCAAAAGAUGCAACAAUACCCUUCGAAUCUUCAAAUGGUAUGAAGAAAUCCACGUCAGAUGGUACAGCAGUACCGAGAGGCAUAACUUCAACAACAACCACAACUCCCUCGCUUUCCAAAGACGAAAGCAGGCCACCUGAAACUUCCGGUGUUAUCAACAUAGCGAGUACCGUACAUGUAGCGUCAAAAGUUUUGCAGCUUUUCAGCGCAACGCCAAUCACAACAACAGACGGUUCAAAUCAUGAAGCAACAGGAAAUCAUCUUAUUAGCACAAAAUUAUCUACAGCUUCGAUUGAGGAGUAUACCAUAGAUGAAUCAGAUUUUUCUGAUUACUAUGGUUCAAGUGUCAACGACUAUUUUGCCCAGGAAUUGAUUGUGGAUUUAUCAUCUACUCCUUUCACCACGAAAGCAUCUUCAGUGACCAGCCAAAAUCCAGACGUGGAAUAUUCGAAGUUAGCGACAGACCUUAGAGUCAGUAGUACAUCAUUUGCUGAAACUGCAAGUUCUAAGACAGUUUCAUCCUCCUAUACUCAUUUGUCCUCUACUUAUGCGUCUUCUCCUGUCCUCAUCUCUUCCAUCUAUACAUCCUCCCCAUAUGGAUCAGCUUUAUCACCAACAACUCCUGCCCUCAUAUCUUCUACGUACACAUCCUCGCCAUCUAGUCCUGCCCUCAUAUCUUCUACGCACACAUCCUCUCCAUAUGGGUUCGCCUCCUCCCCAUCUAGUCCUGCCCUCAUAUCUUCUACGUACACAUCCUCUCCAUAUGGACCCGUUUCGUCCCCAUCUAGACCUGGCCUCAUGUCUUCUACGUACACAUCCUCCAAAUAUGGGUUCGCUUCCUCACCAUCUAGUCCUGCCCUCAUAUCUUCUACGUACACAUCCUCUCCAUAUGGACCCGUUUCCUCCCCAUCUAGUCCUGCCCUCAUAUCUUUUACGCACACAUCCUCUUCACAUGGGUUCGCCUCCUCCCCAUCUAGUCCUGCCCUCAUAUCUUCUAUUCAUACGUCGUCUCCAUAUGUAUUUGCUUCAUCAAUAACCACUCCUGCUCUCUCACCUUCCGCUUACACGUCAUCUCCACAUGUAUCGGCUCCAUCAUCAACCGCUCCUGUCAUCGCCUCUUCCGCUUACACGUCCUCUCUGUAUGGACUCGCUCCCGAAUUUUCCUCAAAACAGUUUUUAUCAACAUCUGAUGGCGUAACACCAGUAAUUUCAGUACAUAUUAUGUCGUCUGGGCCUACUAAUUCGUUACAACAGAACUCCAUGGAAACUCAAAAAUCCCAUCCCACUUCCACAGGCUCAUCAUUAAAUUCAGACGCAUAUUCAAAUACCAUUACUGUCAUUAGCAUACGUUUUUCUUCAUCGAAUCCUGCUGGGACUUCUGCACCGAUUUCAUCCACCAAAAUAAACCCAUCAUACGCGGACGAGCCAGUUGAAAGUAAUACGCCUCAGAGGCAGCUUUUAACUAGUGCGAGAACCUCUUAUGAUGUAGAGAGUCAGAAUAUCGAAAGCAGUAGCACAUUCACAAUAAAAUCAAACUUCCCAUAUGUGUCCUCUACAGAGACACCAGAUAAUGAGGACAUUUCGAUAACUCAUGAAAAGACCACUACAGUUUCAAGUAACGUACACGUGUAUUCUUUGUCAGAUUUAAGAUCCCGUCAUUCAAUAACUGAAGUAUCAUCUGAUAUUUUCGACUCAUCAAGAAGCUCAGGGUCAUAUUCCACUUCAUUCGGCAACUCUUUCUCCACAAUAUCCUCGAUAAAGUAUUCGAAAGAGACAGAAUUACCCAGUAUAUCGAUUUCAAUUACAGAAGAAAGGCUUUCGAGUUUAAAAAAGACAUCACAGCCCAAUAAUCUGUCAGAGAAAUCCACAACGAAAAGAACACUAAGUUCUUCACAAGGUACUCAUACUCUAUCCAUUCCAUCAGGUUCCAUGAACUCGAAAGUCAGUUCUACAGAUUCAUUUGAUAAGACAUCGAAAAUGAUAAUCUACAGUCGUCUUGAAACACCUAGUUUGAUCACCGAAAGAACACAUUACAUUAGUUUAUCUAAAUCCAGUGAAUCAAAAUCUGGUCCAUCUACGAGAGCCUCACUUGGCUCGGUCGUAACUGCCCUACAAACUCAGACGAUCACUGGUUCAGAUUCCGUAAUUCCUGUUUCAUUUACACACCCCACAACCCCGUACACAUAUUCAAAUGAUUAUGCGUGGUUACCUACCACUAUUAUUGUAGAGCCAUCCCAAACAGGUUCUUCUACAGCACCAUUCAAUCCAUCAAUUACCGGAUCGCUUCCUAGUCUGAUUGAACCGGCCGUGGCCGUUUCUGAGCCUGCUAAUCACACUUUGAUUACCGUUGGAUUCACAGCUGGUUUGAACUAUGAAUUUUUGGUUCAAAAUCCAUUAUCUUCGGCUCAAAUUUUCAACUUUUUACCACUUGUUUUAGGAUAUCCCUUUUCAAAUACCCGAUUGGAAGUACAGAGCAGUACGCAGGGAUUGUCCAGUUUUGUUCUUUCAUAUCAAUCUGGAACGAGUACAACCACUCUUUCUCCUAAAUCCGUGUCAUCAUUAUCAAUUGUUAAAAAAAAAAAGAAAGGAGAGAAAAGAAAUGCUACUGCGUCAACCGCGGAUCUGUAUCUGCCAUCAAUUGAGACCUCUUCGAUAGUGGUGAAGCAAAUUGUACCCAUGGUAAAUUCCUCAAAAGCAUAUGUUAUAGCAGUAGCAGAGGUGUAUUUUCCAACAGAAGCUAUAUCAUAUCUUCAGAAACUAAUCCUUGAUGCUAGUUCACCUAUAUAUAACAAUCCUCAAACCCCGCUGCGAACUUUAGCUGGUCUAAUAGAUAGCAGGAUUCCAUUAGGGGGUUUAACUGUGUAUGGUGCUGAGGAUGGGAGUUACAUUUCUGGUUUAUCAUCGAGCGUCGCAGAUUCCUCAAAAGAAAAUCCAGCAGGGAAAGUGGGAACUAGCAAGUACGGUGCUUUAGACGAUUUUAUCAACUCAUUGACAGAUUAUAGCCCUGCAGGGUGCUAUGCCUUAAGAAUUAUCGUGAUCCUCAUUAUUUUGACAGCUGCUGUACUUCUGUGGUUAUUGCUUGUAUUUCUUGCUUUCCGUUACAGAAAUGAAUUAUUGAGAAGACGUCCGAGAAAUUGCAUUGAGAAAAGUUUUGGUAAUGAGAGUAAGCUUCAAAACGUUGCAAUAUCCCGUUCAUCUUCUGACAACCAAACGUAUAACGAAAAGACGUCAAAAACUGAAAAUAAAAGCAUCCACUCAAUCGUAGGCGAUCAUUAUAUUGUUACUGGUGAAAACACAAUUUACAGCACUACUCACGGAUUACAUUAUACUAUGAACGAUGAUGGUGACUUAUUCUACAGAGAAGCAGUGCCCAAUGACCUUAACCAAUUAAAUGGAGGUGAAGAUUUAGAGAUAGAUGUUAUCGUAAGAGAAUGUGUAUAUGACAAAGAUCAAGAUACAACGGAAGCUUACUUGAACGACGGAGAGUCGGUUUCGAGCAUCCUAGACGUUGAUGAGAAUGGUAACAUAAGGUUACAUGACAGUUAUUCCGACGACGGAGAAUCAAACAGGUAUCAUUUGCAAGACGAAGUUAUUGAUGACUAUAAUAAUAGUCAUUUAUACAAAAUUCAACUCCAUGGAUUAGGUACCAGAUCAUGUACUACAGAUGAUCCAGAUACCGUAAACUUGGUUACAAAUGUCUUCUCUUCAGGUAGCCAAACGUUUCUACCAAGCACCGCUUACACUACUCCUCUCCAUACAAAUUCAAUUAAAUUUCACACACUGCAUCACGCGGAAUCUUCAUUACAAGAACCAAAUCAGGCUUUCUUCUCCGCCGCGGAAGAGCUGAAAAUAGACGACAUUGAUGACAACGGUAGUGUUUCUGACGUCCAAGUCGAGGAAUUGGAUGCCUUAGAUGAGGAGCUUUACAAAAGAAUGUCAAAGGUCGUAAAACAACAGAACCAAUAA